GGGAGGCGGGUCUUAGCUCCAGGUGCGUACGGCGGCUGAAGUGGCGGAUCUGCGAGGUGUGGGGAGAGGGCUUCGGAUCCAGGUGUGGAGAGGGGCGGUGUGAAGGCGUAAAGAGCGGCUCCGCCCCUCUCUGGCCCAGAAAGUGGUUCCGGUGAUCCCUGGGAAUCUUGGAGUACCGGAUCUGGAUACGUGGGGCGGGGUCCUCGGAGGGGACUCAGCGCCCCCUCUUGGGAACCGGCGGUCUCGUCGCAGGGACCGUUGUUGGAGCCUGAUUGGUUGCAGAGACAAUUCCUAAACUCCUGGGCAGCCCAAUCCCUUGGGGGAGGGGGACGGGAGGCCCCCCCCUCCAGCGCCCCCUCCCCCCCCCCCCCCCCCCGGCUUACUAUUCCUGCGUUCCCUAUCAUCGCAAGGCCCCUCCCCUAGUAGCCUAUGUCUCUUGUUCGGGGUCAUGGAGACAUUUCGGCCACCACGGCGGCGCCUCUGUCUGAAGAAGGGGAAGUGACCUCUGGCCUCCAAGCUCUGGCCGUGGAGGAUACCGGAGGCCCCUCUGCUUCGGCCAAUAAAGCCGAAGAAGAGGGGGAAGGAGGCCGGGAGGAGACGGAGCAUGAGGGGUCCGGGGCUGAGGAGGUGCAGGGAGAAGCCCCCAGUGCUGACGGGGAAGAGCAGGCCAAGGGAGAAUCCGAAGACUGGUACGUGCCCUGCAGUGAUGAGGAGGUGGAGCUGCCCGCGGAUGGGCAGGCCUGGAUGCCUCCCCCCUCCGAAAUCCAGCGGCUCUAUGAACUUCUGGCUGCCCACGGUACCCUGGAGCUUCGGGCUGAGAUCCUGCCCCGCCGGCCACCGACGCCUGAGGCCCAGAGUGAAGAGGAGAGAUCCGAUGAGGAGCCUGAGCCCAAAGAGGAGGAAGAGGAAAAACCACACAUGCCUACAGAAUUUGACUUUGAUGAUGAGCCAAUGACACCAAAGGACUCCCUGAUUGACCGGAGACGCACCCCAGGGAGCUCAGCCCGGAGCCAGAAACGGGAGGCUCGCCUGGACAAGGUCCUCUCAGACAUGAAGCGGCACAAAAAGCUGGAGGAACAGAUCCUUCGCACUGGCAGGGACCUCUUCAGCCUGGACUCCGAGGACCCCAGCCCCACCAGCCCCCCACUCCGGUCCUCAGGGAGUACUCUCUUCCCCCGGCAGCGGAAAUACUGACUGCUGCUCCUUCCGCCACCUUUAGGAUGCAGGGUGUACGCGUCCUGAGACCUGGGCCCUCCUUCCCUAACCCAGGGCACUGGGGAAGAGGACAGAGACUCCCAAGCUCCCAACACCGCACCUUGCCAGAAGGAGGACAUGUGUGUAUUUACGUUUUCUGGUGAACAUCUCUUUGGAGAACCUGGGUUGACUUUUCUGAAUCUAAAAUAAAAAACACAAAGUUA